AUGGAUCUGUGUGUGAAGCUUGAAGGAGGGGAUCUGCAGCAGCUGUCAAACGAGAUCUGCCAAGAGGGCCUAGAGGAAUCGGUGCGCGAGGUGACGGACAGGUCCCGGAAGAUCCUCGAGGCCUGCAUCCGCAAGAAGGCGCAGGAGGAUGCCGACUUUGACUACGACCAGGACCUGCCCUUCGCCCCGGAGCUGCGCAAGCUCUUAGAGUCCGUGGAGGCCGAGCGAGCGCGGUUGCAGCACCAGGAAGCAAAGGUGGGACACCUGGUGCUGGCGCUGACGGCACCUCGCUUCCGGAAGACCUGGCGGCCUCUGGCUGCGGCAGGCGUGGACCCGGAGCAGCUGCGCCCGGCGGCUCUUCGCAGCCUGGGCGGCUUCUUCGCUGCUGCGGAGAGCCGGGCCGAGGCGGAGCUCCUCGAGCGUUGCGCGGCAGUGCUGCCAAGCCGAUCGGGCACUCCUCUGGCCGGGCUUGGUGCGGCUUUCAAGGCCAUCACCCAGGGCUUGGUCGAACGCUCCGUUGAGGCAAAGCUGCUGCUACUGGCAGCCCUCUCAGGAGAGCACCUCUUCCUCUUGGGCUCCCCGGGCACCGCGAAGAGCCUGCUGGCGCGCCGCCUUUCACAGGUCUGCGAGGGCAGCUUCUUCGAGCGCCUGCUCACGAGGUUUUCGGUCCCAGAGGACGAGUUGCGGCGGAAGACUCGAGGCUAUCUUCCCGAGGCAGAUGUGGCGUUCAUCGACGAGAUCUUCAAGGCGAACUCUUCCAUCCUCAACGCGCUGCUGAUGAUCUUGAACGAGCGCUGCUUCGACAACGGCGACCAACGGGUGCCCGUGCCGCUAUGGUGCGCAGCAGCAGCUUCGAAUGAGCUGCCGGACACCGAUGAGCUGGAUGCACUCUACGACCGCUUCCUCCUCCGCCGGUGCGUGAGCCGAAUCUCCAAGAGGUCAGUACAGAGCUUCCUCCGCCUCACUCUGGACGAGGAUGCCGAGGAUGCCUCCGGCGACGCGCAGCCGCACGUGAAGCCCCUGCUCUCCAUGGAGGACUCAGUUGACCUGCAGAAGAGGGCGAAGAAGGUGGAAUUCCCGGACUCAUUGCUGGAGGUCGUGGCCGAGUUGCGUGAGUUUCUGGCGGAGGAGGCAGAGCCGCGAUUCGAAGUCUCUGACCGUCGCCUUGCGAAGGCCGUACGCCUUCUGCGCAUCGCUGCCGCCGCUGCAGGGGGCACCAGGGUUAUCGAGUCGGACCUCCUCCUCCUUCGGCACGUCUUCUGGGAUCGGGAACCAGCACAAGGCCAGCUGGUGGUCGAGUGGUUGUUGCGCCGGUUUGCUGACAGCGGCUCUGGGCAAAAGGCGCAGAAGAUCCAAGCGGAGUCGGAUGAAGAUGGGCUCUCGUACUUCGGACAGAGCUACGUCGCAAGGAGGAGCUUCAGGCCCAAGUCCUUCCUGCUCGAGGGCUUAAGCUGCGAGAAGGGCGACGCCAUCAGAGUCACGCACGAUCCUCGCGCUGGGCCGUCUGCAGGUAGCAGCCAGAAGCUGGCCUAUGGUCAGAACGAGCGGACGGGUCUGCGUGGUUGGUUUCCCCUUUCCGAAGCCGAGCCAGCUGCGAGCUCGCUUCUGCAGCGCAGCGACUCGCUGGAGGACUCCGGUGCCUGCCAGGAUACCUACUUCUCGGAUUGGGGAUCCUCGGGCAUGAAGGUCCACAAAGUUCACCUGGGAGGCAGCGGCGAUUUUCUAUCCCAGGCCGUUUCUGUGAAGCUCAGCCUCACCGCGAAGUCCAACGCAACGAAACUGGGACCAGAGCUCAACAAGCUCGCGCAGGAGCUGGAGAAACCCGGCCGUCGUUGGGUGGCCAAGAACGCCUGGGAGAUCCUGUCGACUGCCGGGCAUCGUCUGGAAGUAGAGAACGCAGAGAGGCUUUUUGCUGAAGUGCGGCGCCUUGGGGACGUGCCGGUGAGCAGGGGCGGCCUACAGGGGCUUCUCUACAAAUGCAGCAAGCAGCACAACGAGACCGAGGGCUGCCGCACCCUCCCCGGCUCGCUGGAAGCCGUCUAUGAGAUGGGGGCCUACCUCAUGUCCCUGGACGAGGCUUCCCAGAAGUACCAGAAGAUGAAGAAAGGUCCCAUGGGCUUCGUGAGCGCCGGCGGAGCUUCUUUACAGAUUGGCAUCACAAGCCCCUGGGCUAGCCACGCGGAGCAGCUGCGGAACUGCAUCGCCGGCCUGGACAACGAGGUGAAGGUCGACGACGGGGACUUCGAAGCGCGCGACGAGCUGCCGGGAGAUGUGACUUCCUUGGGGGACAUCAAGGAGAGCCCGCCUGGGAGCCGGCGAGCUGGUCCCUCCUUGGCCAAGGUGGCGCACUUCCCGGGGGGCCAGCCGGUGGCCCUGUUCUCCUUCCUGGCUGUUGGAACAAAUCCACCCGCCUGCAUCGAGGGUGGUUGUGCCCAUGAGGUCGGCGGUGUCAAUGAGAUGCGGUUGCAGUUUGAGAACCACUUGAUCCAGCAAGGCUUUGACUCGAACCCCUGCGUCGAGUCGGCGGCCGACUUCCCCCUUGCGACAAAAGGGGCCGCCUUCACCCGGAAUCUCAUCGGUGGUGCGUCGGGCAGCGAGGAAGACCUUGAGAAGUGCCAGAGUGCCGUGACUCAGUUUCUGGACAGCGACCUCACACUACAGAGGUGGAAGACGGGAUCCGGCUGCUAUGAGUUGGCAGCCUCGGUGUCCCAUUGGGGCCUUCUGACCUCCUUCGCGCGCGUCAGGGCGGAGAGAUCCGACAUCAAGUGGUGCUCAUCAGGUGGACCCUUCAAGAACCGCAAGGUGAACUGCGGGGCCGUGCUGACACAGACCUUGCUGGACAGCAUCCUACAACAGCUCGGGGUCGAAGAUGCACACCCCGAAAGCAAUGCCGGCGUGGGCUGGGAGGCAUCGCUCUACGCCCUCAGAGGGCUGCAGUCCGGCGUCUGCUUCAAGUAA